CGCCACGUGACAUCGAAACCGGCAGAUUGCAGAUCGGGUUAUGGACAGAUGGAGGCUGAUGCUGAGAGGCUGCAGCUGAUCUACGAGAACAUCUUGGGCUUGGCCACCGCUGGGGUGGUGACGGUGCUCCCCAGUGCGGAGGAGUUGUCUGAGGGCCUCUCGCACCUGAGCCUGAGCCUCCACAGCGACACGGAGCUCUCCGCGUGUUUGUGGCUCUUGGAGGCGGCCUUACAAGGCGCCGCCCCGAGCUACGAGUCCUUCCUGGCACAGGCGGAGGCCAGCGUCGGGGCGCCGUCCACGCCCUCAGCCAACUCCCUGGCCCUGUCCUGCGCAAGCGGGUCGCCGCGGGGUUCCCCUCCGCGGCUCCCGGCGUUGAAGCUGCCCCCAGGCAGCCUGGCGGGGCUCGAGCGGCUCUCCUUGGGCGCGCCCUCGCCGGCCAAGAGCUUCUUCUCCUCGGACGAGGAGCAAGAGGAAGAGCCAGAAGAGGAGGAGGACUUGCAGAUGCCUGACCCGGACACCGUGUCCUUGCUGUCGGCGGCGCUGCAGCAGCUGGGCCGGCUGGGCGCGGAGGUGACGUCCAGAACUGGCCAGAAGAUACACAGCUUUCUCCAGGAAGUUCUGGAAAAUGCCUUGCAGCAGGCUGAGGAGACCUGGAGAGAGACCUCUCGAAGGCCCUGAGAUGCGCCAAGAAGUCCAGGGAGUUGGUGCAGCAGAGCUGGCAGAACUCCAAAGCCCUGCUGCAGCGCUCCGCCAAUGCGCAGGC